AUGAACCAGCCCCCAUUCACCCCUCCGGAUAUGACCUUCUUUCAGAGAUAUUUCACGAAACCUCGUCUGGUCACGACCACGACGCCGACGUCUGCAUCACUACCCAAGGACCAGGAGAAGAAUUGCCCCCCUGACCAGGCCGAACAGCAGGAAUACCGCACCUUCUCCUUCCUCUCGCUUGGAUCCCUCGUCCUCUUGCCCAUCAUGCUCAUCAUUCUCUUCGGCGUCAUCGCUACCGUCGUCGCCGUCACCCUCGACCGCGAUCAUCAUGCGCGCGUGUCGGGCGAUGGAGAUGGGAAUGUCAUCCUUCCCCAGCAUCACAACUCGCCCAUCCGACGUGCGAUCCCCUCGAAUUUCCCUGAUCCCGCCAUUCUCUACGCCAACGGCACCUGGUACGCCUUCGCCACCAACAACGCCGCCGGUGUCCUCGCACAGGGCAAGUCGGACGCCGCAGAGUACACCGUCGACUAUGGGAGGGCCAAUGUGCAGAUGGCCACCUCGUCCGAUUUCCUCGACUGGACCCUCGCCAGUCUCGCCGACCAGCCUCUGUCCACCACCGGCGACUGGACCCACAAUGUGGAAGACGGCAAGAUUGUCGUGCCGCAUGUCUCCUUCACAUGGGCGCCUGCCGUGAUCCAGCGCGACGACGGCAAGUAUGUCAUGUACUACGCCGACCGCCCCAAGGGCCAGAGUCCCUACCGCCACUGGGACAACCCUCACCACCCCUUCCCCCACUGCAUCGGCGCCGCAGUCUCCGAGACCAACUCUCCCGCCGGCCCCUACAAAGCCCAGAACGACUCCCUCGCCUGUCCCAUGCUCGAAGGCGGCGCCAUCGACCCGCAGGCCAUCCGCGACAUCAACGGCACCAUCUACCUCACCUACAAAAUCGACGGCAACAACAUCGGCGCCGGCGGCGAAUGCGGCAACACCCGCGGCCAAAUCGUCCCGACCCCCAUCAUGCUCCAGAAACUGUCCCCCGACGCCCUCACCCCGGACGGCGACCCCGUGGAAAUCCUCCACAACAUCCCCACCGACGGCCCCCUCGUCGAGGCGCCCAUGCUCGUCCGCUCCCCCGACGGCAUCUACUUCCUCUUCUUCAGCUCCGGCUGCACGCGCCUCAACUCCUACACGACCCGCUACGCCACCGCGCGCCAGAUCCACGGGCCCUACCUCCGCGCCCCGCGCCCCCUCCUGCAGACCGGCGACUGGGGCCUCGUCGCUCCCGGCUCCGUCGGCGUUGCCCAAGACGGCCGCGGCGCUUUCCAUCUCGCUCUCCACGCGCGCGUCCCCUUUGGGAGGGUCGGCCGGGUGCGCGCCAUGUUCUCCUCGAGUCUGGUCUUGGAGGGGGAGACGGCUCGGUUGGUGGGUGAUAAUCGUACCGUUUCGCUGGAGCAGGAUCGGUCGGGGAGACCAUCAUCAUCGUCGACUUCUUCUUCUUCUUCUUCUUCUUCUUCUUUUCGUCGUCGCUAAUAACCCUCCUAUUCUUUUUUUGUUUUCUGGUAUUUUUGCAAGCGUGAUACCCCCCCCCCACCCACGGAUAUUUCGCUUUUAUUGUACAGACGGACGAGAACGAGAAUGAGAAUAUCAUUCUGGACAUGACGAUGAUGAUGAUGAUGAUGAUGAUGACGAGACCUAUCAGGAUAGGGACGGGCAUACAGGACACGACAGAGAGAGAUAAAAAGACAGAAGAUGCGUCAUCUCUUGGAUUCUCGAUGGAAAAGCACUCUUUUUGCUCUUGGGUUCAGUCCGGGCUGGUACGAUUGGAUCGAUGGAGACGAUAAAAUCGGAUAG